AUGCUAUGCGGGUAUGCAGGACAGCAAGAAUCAACUCUCCUCCGGUCAUACAUCAAAGCUGCAAAGCUCAAAUGCUGGCUGAACCGACCUUCUUGUCCUCCAAUAUUUAGAGAGGUCAAGUUGCUAUUCGACAAAUUUGUGUCUCCGUCGAUCAACGCUAAUCCCAGCGAUGUAUCUGAAAAUCGCCCGCUGCCCCCGACUACAAAAGAAAACAUUCCAGAAGACCUUCGCCAUCUCAUUCAAGUUCGGCGGGCAGUCUUGCAUGCUCGCACGCUUCACGAGGGAUUUGUCUACACUCGCGACUCCACUCAUGUUGGCAACAGCCUGAUUCUUUAUUACCCUGACGGCCUUAGGAAUGUACAACCGACACCAGGGACUAUCAAAUAUAUAUUCGAGACCGAGCGAGGAGUAUGCUUCGCCGUGCGGUAUCACCUUCCAUUGCAUUCUCACCUCGAUCCUUUCCGCCACUAUCCUCACUUCCCGGCUCGUUUAUUCUCGUCAGCACUCGCUGAACAUCUCACAAUUGUCAUGCCGGAGUGGGUGGUGUCGCAUUUUGCGCGGUGGAACUUCUCACCACAGCAUAUUGUUGCUGUGUCUCUGAGUCAGGUGUGUUGCGUCCCCUCGAUCUGA